CUUGUCUAGCAAUGACAAUCCCUGCUUAACAGCGCUGCCGAUCCAUGGUUAUUGGCACUAUUAUCAGUUAUCGUCACGCCAUCGGGAAUGGAUCCCCCUCAUGAACUGGGACUGUGAUAGUCAACAUGGCUGGUAAACGAAUUGCCGUUGUUACUGGGGCCAAUAAAGGAAUUGGUUAUGGCAUCAUGAAGGAGUUAUGUACAAAAUUCAAUGGCCUUGUAUACCUGACCUCCAGGGAUGAAAGUCGAGGAUUAGCUGCUGUCAAGAAGUUGAGUGAGUUGGGACUUCAAGCUCAAUACCAUCAGCUGGACAUAGAUAAUAUUGGAAGUAUCAAGAAAUUUGCAGAUUAUAUCAAGACAAAAUAUGACGGUUUUGAUGUUCUUGUUAAUAAUGCUGCUUUUGCAUACAGCACAGAUGCAACUGAACCACUUGGGGAGCAGGCUGAAAACACCAUUCGUGUUAAUUUCACUGGAACAUUGAAUGUCUGCCGGGAAUUGUUUCCACUUCUUCGUCCUGGAGCUAGAGUUGUCAAUGUUUCAAGCACUGCUGGGCAUUUACUACAGAUAAAUGGAAGUGAACCAGCAGCGUCAACCUUAAGGGAGAAAUUUGCAUCACCAACACUUACAGAAGACGAGAUUGUAUCUUUAGUGAAUCAGUUUGUUAAAGAUGCAAAGGCAGGAGAUUGGAAUGCUAAAGGAUGGCCUAGCAGCGCCUAUGCUGUGAGUAAAGUAGCUGUGUCAGCACUUACACGGGUACAGCAAAGAGCUUUUGAUGCAGACCUCCGGAAGGACGUUGUAGUUAAUAGCUGUCAUCCCGGAUAUGUUGAUACUGAUAUGACAGCUCACAAGGGUCCACUGACAAUUGAGCAAGGUGCUGUUAGUCCUUCUUACUUGGCCUUGUUGCCUCCUGACACUGAUCUUCGUGGUGCUUACAUAUGGUAUGACAAGCAAGUGGUAGACUGGGUGAAUGGCCCAACACCUUCUCUUUACUGAUCUUUGAAAAAUAAGGAAGAUCAGAUUUUCAUCCAGUUAAUGACUAUAAUUAUUGUACCUGCUGUAUGAAUAACUCUCCCAGUUACAAUAAUAUAUCAAAUGAAAUCAUAAUGCUAUUUACUCAAGGAACUAAUGUUUUGUAAUGAGAAAGGUAUUCAAUUUUUACAUGUAAGUCUUGUAGGGGAAGGAACUAAUGUUUUGUAAUGAGAAAGGUAUUCAGGUUUUUUGUACUGAAGUCUUUUAGGGGACAUUUAAAGUCAAUUAUAGACAUUUAUGAAAAGGCAGGUUUUUAAUAGUUUAAAUGAAUAAAAUAUGAAUUCAUCA